AUCAAGAUAUAUCACAUACAAAGAAUAAUGAGAAAUGGCUCUAUAAAGAAAAAAAGAAGAAAAAACAUCUAAAUUUGGAAAUUAGGAAAAAGCAGGGGCUGGAAAGAUGGGGUUUGCCAGCAAAGCACUUAUCUCUCAAGCAGGGGGCCUGAGAUCCUCAGGGGGGCCUGAGUUCCAUCCCUAAUACCUGUGUACAAAUAUCAGGCAUGGUGGCACACGCUUAAUCUCAGCACUGGGAAAACAGAGACAGGAGAUCCCUAGAACUCACUGGUCAGCCAGUUUGACUUACUUGGUGAACAGACCAAUGAGAGAGCCUGUAUCAAAGGAAGUAGAUGGCAUUCCUGAGAGAGAUACCUGUUGUCCGAUGACAUGCAUGCACAUGUGUGUGCGUGCGUAUACACGUACAGAAGGAAAAGCAAAACUAUAUGCAGACAAUAUUGUUAUAUUAAUAUAUAAAUAAAUCCCAUAAAACAUAUCUACUCAAUUAUGGGAGUCAAUACAUUCAGCAAGCUCGCAGGAUAUAAAAACCAGCACAUCAAAAUUAGUUGUGCUUCUGAAUGCCAGGAAUAAACAAUUUAAAAAUGAAGAAGACCCUAUUUAUGAUAGCAUCUAAAAUAUUUUUUCAAAAACAUAGGAGUAAAUGUAAUCAAGGAGGUAAAUGAUUUGUACAUAGUAAACUAUAAAAUACUGCUCAAAUGUGUACAUAAAUAAAAUACUGUGUGCUGGAUAAUUAGAAAGAUUAGAAAAAUAGUAAGAUGGCAGUGGUCUCCAAAGCUAACUACUGCCCUCAUCAAAGUUUCUGUAGCCUGUUUCUCUUUAAAACAGACAUGUCAAUCCUUAAUUUUAUAUAUGGAAUCUCAGAGUCUCGAAUAUUUGAAACAGCACUGAGAAAAGAAAAAAUUCUUUGUUUCAAAAUUUACUCCAAAGUAGUGUAAUCAAGGCUAUUUAGUGCCAGGAUAAAGAUAGACCAGUGGAAAACAAUAGAAAAAUCAAGAAAUAAUCCUAAACUUUUAUCACCAAUUGCUUUUCAACAAACAUGCCCAAACCAUUCAGUGGAAGAAAAUGUCAUGUAACUACAUGCAAAACAAUGAAAUUUGAAUGGCUACCUCAUAUUUAUACAAAAUGAACACAUCAGAUCCUAAAUGUAAAGGCUAAGUCAAUCUACAGAGCUAUUAGAAGAAUACAUAGGGAAAGUCUUUAGAACCCUGGUUUGGCAAUGAGUUCUUAGGUUUGAUAGAAAAAGCACAAAGCAGCAAGUUAAAAACUAAUAAUUUUUGAUAGCGGCUUAAUAUCCCGUGUAUAUAAAGAAUUCAUAUAACUUGAUAGAAAAAAAAUCUCCUCCAGAAAAACAAAACUAAAAAGCAUUGUCCAGUUAAGAUCUGAGUUAAGACCUUGAAACUUCCUCCAAAGAUGCACCCUAGAUACACCAAUGACCAAUAAGCAUGCCGAAAGUCAUUUGGCCUCCCUAGCCACUAAAGAAAUGCAAGCCAGGAGUUCCAGUGUGGCCAUGGAGGAGUCUCCGUUCAGGGAACCGGUGUUGGACGCCAAAUCUGAGGUCACCUGCCAGCUUGUAGAUUUUCAGUGGAAACUGGGCAUGGCUGUGAGCUCUGACCGCUGCAGAUCCCUCAAGUACCCGUAUGUGGCAGUGAAGCUCAAAGUGGCAGAUCCUUCUGGCCAAGUAAACACCAAGUCCAUCGAAAUGACAAUCCCACAGUUUCAGAAUUUCUACAGACAAUUUAAAGAAAUUGCCGCUGUCAUUGAAACUGUGUGAGGACUGAUACCGAAGUAAUGGACUCUACCUUCCAGAAAAGAACUGCAUAUGGAUGAAAGAUAUUUAUGCAAUGAAAAGUGCACUUCUGGGGCUCAAUAGGUGGCUCAGAGGUUAAGAGCAGUGGUUGCUCUCCCAGAGGACUCAAGUUCAAUUCCUGGUAACCACAUGAUAACUCACAACUGCCUGUAACAUCAGGACCAGGGAAUCCUACACACUCCCACAGACGUCUAUGCAGGCAAAGACAAAUGGGUAGAAAACUAAAAAUUAAAACAAUUUCACUUCCCAAUUUUUUUUUACCAGUUAAAAAAAAAAUUGAUAAACUCAAAUUUUUCAGUGGUCACCUUUUCAAUGAGCUAAAAGUGUCUGUGUCGAAUACUAAUAUGUGUAUGUGUAAUUAUAUCUCAACAAUGAGUAAAUGAUACUCUUAAAUGCAGCACUCUUAAAUGUAUAUCAGAAAUUUUUUAAAUCUUAUUGAUACAGAUAUAACUUUAUGAAUAAAAUCUUGUAUAUGAAAUUAAAAAAAAAAAAGAAAUGCAAGCCAUUGUGAAGCUGGCCGUGAUGGUGCACAUCUGUCAGGGAUGUGGGAUUGCGGGGUGCAUGAGUUCCAGGCUGGCCUCCACUUCAAGUGAGAGCUUGUCUCAAAAAACAAAAGCCAAAAUGAGUUGUACAGAUAUCAGAGGAUGGAUUUCCACAGAAGAAAUGUGUCCUUUGGCUCACAGUUGUACUGGCUCCUUGGUGGCUUGGCCUAUUGCACAUCAUGGUAAGAACCAGUGGUGGACAAAAGUGUGAGCUUCAUAUUUGCUGGAUGCCAAGGCAGCCAGCAAGGAGCUAGGGUCCCAGUAUUCCCCUUACGGAUGUGCCUGAGUGAAUAGACUCCUCCCUCUAGGUCCUCACCUCUUAAAUGUUCCACUACUUGUCAAUCGUGUCACAGGCUAGGGACUUGGCCUUUGACGCAUAGGCCUUUGGGGGCCACUUAUCCAAAUCAUAAUAUUGAAAUGCCAUUUCACCUCCACUAAGAUGUUUUUAAUUUUGAACAAAGGCCUGAAUGUAUAUUUCUGAGACAUGAAAACACAUGCACUUAGAAACUUGUAUAGGACUGUCCAUAGCAACACUGUCGCUGAGAGCCAAAAGGUGGAGACAUUAUGAUGGAUAAACAAAUUGGGUUACAUGAUACGAAAUACUAUUCACCCAUAAAAAAGAACUGUAUCAAGACGUGGGUGGGGGUUGAGGAGUGACUUGUCACUGUUGUGGGAUGUGCUUAUGGAGUGAUGCAAAAGUGUGUGGAAAUUGAAAGCCGUGACUGUAAAACACCAAAGACAUUGUCACUGAGACUCCCCACGAUUAACUGGUUACUUGUAUACAAUCUGAGUUUUACCUUAAUAAAAGCAAAUGUCAAAUAAAAAUA